AUGCGGCGAGGGCCGCUCGCGCACUCCGCCGCCGUCGCUCUUGUGCUCUCCUUUCUUCUUCCUGUAGCGUACACAGGUUCGAUGGGCCCAGGCGUGCCUGAAAACAUAACAGUCACCUUUCUAAACCCAACCACGGUGAGAGUGUCGUGGUCAACUACAGCUGAGUUGGUGGAAAAGUAUGACGUCACAUACAAGCCAUCUGACGCGAGUUACAGAGUGGUGCUCGAAGUAGCUGGGAACUCGGAUGCCGUGAUACUGAGCGGGCUCGAGGCUGAUACUCAGUACCAAGUGACAGUUGCAGCGUUGUGGGGGGGGCACAAGUACAGGAGUCGACCCAUUGUCUUCCGCACGCUGGAGCCGCCGCGAACUUCGCCCCAGCAGGACGGGGGGUUGGAGAUACCCCGCUCCUCCGUGACGCCACCAGAACCAUCCCCGACGUUUCCUACGAUAAGGGGAGUGGAGAUUGGUUUGGUCGUCCUAGUCCUUAUUAUAUGGAUAGGCGCUAUCACCUUAUUCUUCAACCGUUGGGGCAAAAUACGUAUGUUACUGCCCUACCAACCGGACUACAAACAAGAACAGUUGAAAGUACCAGGAAGCAGCGCGUUAGCGGCUGCCACAGCUGGUGGGACCUGUGGGGCACACUCGGCCACAUCAGCUUGUUCGGUAAAUUUCACCUUUACGUCUCUCUGA